GUAGUCGAGUCACAAGAAGAUAAAAUAGUCGUGUCGGUACUGUCGUCGUCGUCUUACGAUCCCUUCUGUGUUCCCUGAAAAUGGAAGCAGAAUUUCGUGUUCUUGAGUUCUACAGUGGAAUUGGUGGCAUGCAUUAUGCAUUACAAGACAGUGGAUUGAAUGCAAAGGUUGUGGCGGCACUUGAUAUCAACACCGUGGCCAAUCAGGUUUAUCAACAUAAUUUCCCAAGGACCAAGAUACUACAAAGGAAUAUUGAGUCGAUUAGUCUAAAAGAAUUCAAGGCUUUCAAUGCUGAUAUGUUUCUUAUGAGUCCACCUUGUCAGCCAUUUACUCGGAGUGGUAAACAAGGAGAUAAAGAUGACCCUAGAACAAAAAGUUUCUUUUACAUCUUGGAUAUACUUGGAAGGCUAGAAAAACAACCAUCGCAUAUACUUGUAGAGAAUGUCAAAGGUUUUGAAACUUCAGAAACAAGAAACCACCUUGUACAAACUUUAUCAUCUUGCAACUACACUUAUAAGGAGUUUCUUUUGUCUCCUUGUCAUCUUGGCAUUCCAAACCAACGACUUAGAUAUUUUCUUGUGGCUAAACAACGCCCUCAAUUGUUUGUUCCUGAAUACAGAUUAGAAAAUGGGCAUUCGUUGAAUGAAUACAUUAUAAAGGAUUGUGGGAGUUGUCCAGCAAAUCAUGAUGCACAUGAAGGGAAACAGAAUGUUGGGACAGAACAACAGAAUGUAGCGACUGAAAAACAGAAUGUAGCAACAGAACAACACAAUGUAGAGGUGGGGAAAGAUAAUAAUGUAGCAAUGGAAAAUCUGAAUGUAGCAAUUGAUAAACUGAAUGUAGCAACAGAAACACAGAAUGCGGAAAAAGGGAAUGGACUAACAGAAAAAUUUCAAGAACAUUCUGAUGAAUAUGUUGUUAAGGAACACUCCUCCCAAGUUGCUUUGGGAACAUUUAAAUUCAAAUUUAAUCAUGACACAUUCUCAAAUUAUGUUUCAAAACGAGCUAUUAAAGAUUAUUUAGAAGAUUUGACAGGUAUUGAAUGUAAAGAACAUCUGAUUGACAACAAGAUUUUGAUAAGAUUUGGUAAAGUGAUGGACAUUGUGACAGAAGAUUCAGCAAGAACAAUGUGUUUUACCAAAGCUUAUUUUCAUUACAUGGAAGGUACUGGCUCAGUUUUGCAAAUGAACAAAGAAUGUAAUAAAUCUGAAGCAUUUCUAAGGUUACAGGAGUUCACAGAUAAUGAAUCUGCAAAAGCCGAUAUUUGGAAAAAUUUGAAUGUAAGGUUCUUCACUGCCAGAGAAAUUGCAAACUUGCAUCAUCUUCCUGCCGACUUUUCAUUCCCGAAGGAAAUAACCAGGAAGCAACGGUACCGGUUACUUGGGAACAGCUUGAAUUCUCAUGUUGUAACAGUAUUGCUGAGGUUUAUGGCUUGCUAAAACAGCAACUUUAUCACUUUACAACAUUUAAAGUGCACGCGAGCCAGAUGUGUAAACACUGGACCUCCAUUUUAAAUUCUUAUCCGAGAAGGCUGGGUUCUACCAACCAAACCCUGGGCGAGGAGCGGCUCAAACCAGCGCCGAUUUAAAUUCCGUAGUGAGUGACGCCCCUGCCUUACUAUUCGGCCACUCGACUUGCCACUUAAUCUUUUUUCAGAUCCAAAAAGAAAUAACAGGAAUUUUUAUUGUGCUUAAUAUGUGAAUGCAAAUUAGUUUAAAAGAAAAACAGUUUUUUACACCAAUAAUGUACAAUUGUUUAUUCAUUGUCCAGUGUAGGCCCCAUCUAUCACCCUCUGUAAAGAUAAAACUUCAAUCAAUAGAUAUAGUAAUAAAUAAUGAUACUUACUCAUGUUUAUCUUCAUAAUUAAUCAUCAUCAUUAUCAUCUUCAUUGUCAUAGUAAAAGACAUUUCUGUCAAUCUUUUUAUGUCUACGGUCUUAUCAUUUUAAAAUAAAGUGAAUCUAUUAUAUUACUGAAAAAUGUACUAUAUUUGUUUGGUAAUAAAAGAUAUUUUUUGAAAGAAAAAAGUUGCAAAUUU